AUGGGAAGUGCGAAUUCUGUAAACAUCCCCAAAAGCGCAGAUGAGGAACCAUCGACCAAUCAGGGAGAGUCGCCAUCGGCUACUCCGCUAGCCGUCGACGAAUCCAAAACCCUAAUUGAAGAACCUGUGAGCAAAGAGGUGGAGCCGUCGGCGGGAGUCGAGGGCGAGUCAAAAACCCUAAUUGAAGAUUCGAAAGAAACAGAGGAAGAGGAAGAGGAAGAGAGCGGAGAGUGCGGGUUCUGCACAUACAUAAAGGGAGGUGAGUGCAAGGAAGCGUGGAUAGCUUUGGACAAGUGUUCGGACGAAGCAGCCGAAGAAGAAGAAGGGAGCGACGCGUCGAAGUGCAGAGAGGUGAGAAUGAAGUUCAGGACUUGUUUGUAUGAGAAUCCUGACUACUACGAGCCCCUUAUCGCUGGCGAGGCUGAAAUGAUUGCCAAGUUGUUAAGCGAGUUGCAUGUGGAAAAGGAAGCUCUUCUGGCAGGUGACGCUGAAGUCAUUGCUAAGGCCAUGAACAAGCUGCGAGAUGCGGAGCAGCCGGUUUCUGCUGCUGAGGCUGCAGCUAUUGCCAAGGCGUAUCGCGAGUUGGAAGAGAAGAAGAAGGAGGAGAAAGCAGAGGGAUCCAAUGGAAAAGAGUGA